CUGCAUUUUUUGGCUACCGCGUCACUAUUAUCUUACGGAUGCUUUAUCUUAUUUUCUUGAAUAUACUUCUGUUUAUUGGUUGUUAUAUAGCUGGAUGCAUACCUAUAUCUUUUAAAAUACCUGUAUCGAAAAUUCGUAUACUAACUAUUUUUGGUGCUGGUCUACUUUUGGGCGCUGCAUUAGUUGUCGUCAUUCCCGAAGGCAUUGCAGUUAUUUGCAGUCCACAUAAAGAUCAACAUUCUAAUCUUAUUUCGAAUAAAGAUAACCACUUAAAUCAUCCCAAUUCACGUAGUUUAAAUAUGAUAGAUACAAUAGAAUCAAGAAAUGAAAAACAUCUUCCAUCUGUAAUUAAUAAAGACAAUGAUCAAAUGAAACAACAAAAUAAUAUUAACAAUGAAAAUAAUCAUGCUUCAAAUGAAGAUCAUCAUUCUCAUAAUGAUAAUACUAAUAAUAAUAAUAGUAGUAGUUAUAUUCAUCAAAAAGUUGGCAUUGCAUUAUUAUUAGGUUAUCUAUUCAUGUUAUUAGUGGAUCAAAUGAGUUACACCAUAUUAGAAUUGACUUGUUGUCAAACUAUAUUAUUUGGAUUAAAACAUUUAUGUUAUCAUUCUAUAUUGUAUAUCCCAUUAAUGAAUAGAUUUUAUAAUAAGAAUAAUAAUAACAAUAAUAAUAGUACCAGUACAGUUAUCAAUAACUCAAUGAAUACAACGAAUUCAACUUCUAAUAAUACCAAUAAUCUAUCCAAUGAAACAUCAAUUAAUAAUAAUAAUAAUAAUAGUUCUAAUUGUUCAUCAAUUAAUUCAAUUCAAUCAAUUAAUCAUAAAGGACUUAUUGUUACAUGUGGUUUAGUGAUUCAUUCAUUAGCUGAUGGUUUAGCAAUUGGUUCAGCAUUUGCAUUAAAUCAAUUACAAUUAGAAUUGAUUUUAUUUUUAGCUAUUAUUUUACAUAAAAUACCAGCCGCUUUUGGUUUAUCAUGCUUUCUAUUACAUGAAGGAUUUACACGUGAUCGAAUUCGUUUACACAUGAUCGCUUUCUCACUUUCUUCACCAUUGGCUUCAUUUCUCACAUAUUUCUACCUCUCAUUAUCCUCAACUGAUACUGAUAUUGAUACAGCUUCAACAAGAACAGGGAUAGCUCUUUUAUUAUCAGGUGGUACAUUUCUUUAUGUAGCAGCUACACAUAUUCUACCAGAAUUAAUCAAUUCAUCAAAUACUAGUAAUAUUAUUGAGUUAAAUACUAUCAAUGAUACUACAAAUAUUAACAAACAAAUAAGAAAUCCUAAUUUAUAUUUAUUCAAUGAAUCAUUAAACAAUACACCAGGACAUCAUGCAUUAUACACCGUAGAUAAUAGUCAUGAAUCAAUUAUUAUGUAUAAUUAUCCAAAAUCAAAUCAUGAUUAUAUGAAUCCUAUCUCACAUGUUCAUCGAUUAAGUAUCAUUGAAGUGAUUGUAUUAAUUACUGGUACAAUAAUACCAAUUCUAUUCUCUGCAAAUCAUUCUCAUUAAUGUAAGAAUGAAUGAUACUAAUAAUAAUAACCUUCCAGUUUAUCAAAAAUCAAUUCAUUCAUCUAUUCAUAGUUGACUGAUUGAUUGAUUUGUAGUUGAGUUAAUUUCUCAUUCUUAUUGAUAGAAAAGAAGAAAAAGAAAAUCAUUCUGCAGGGAUUUUUUUUUUGAAUUUUUAUGAUCCUUUCCUGUAAAUCAUCAUAUUAUUUAUGUAAGUUGUUUGGGUUUCCCCCCAUUUCAAUACUGUGAUAUAAAUAUGUAUGUAUGUAUACAUGCACACACACACCAACUACAUACUGUUCUUAGUAGUUUCUCUUUUCUAAAGGAGUAGUAUAGUCAAUUAAUGUAUAUUAAUAAUUUUAUUUUGUAUAUGGAUAGAUUACAAUCAGCUCUCUUGUUUAUCUAUGGAUUAUUGUAUCUUAUUUCUGAUGCAUCAUUAAGGUUUUUGAAUAUUUCUCAAAUAAUAAUAAGAAGAAUGAUAAAUCUCGAUUAUCUUGUUUUUUCAUUAUUUGUAAAAAGUGCAUAUUUAAAUUAUUCUGUUGAUUUUAAUGAAACAGGUUAAUUACCUAUAGUCAGAAAACUGUCGCCAAUUAUUAUUAACAGAUGUGUGUUGUGAGUUAUAUUUGUUGUCAAGGAAGUACAUUUCUUCAAUAUCUGAUAAUUAGGGAGCUAGCUCGAUCGUUGCUGCUACCUUGACGUGGUGGUCAGGUUUGCCUAUCGUGAUGAACCAA